CUGCCCAGAGCUUGGCGGGAGGAAGAGCGGGGGAGGGGACGGUGGGGAGAUCCGGCGAGAGGGGAGGCUCCUCGGUCUCCUUCCUUCCUGGUUCCUGCAGCAGCCGGUGCCACUUGGCUCCAUGAGGAGGGAGCGGGCGACUUGGAGACGGUGACUCAGAGGCAGAGCUGCGUGCGGGCCAAGGAGCACUGGCGCCCAUGGACCCUGCGGGCCCCCUCAGGACAAGGCGGCAUCCUUCCCCUUCCCCCCGGCUCUGAGUCCUCAGCAGGGAAGGGCCGCUCCUUCUCCAUGGACUUCCAAGAGCGGGGUCCCCCCUCGCUGUCCGAGAGCACUCAGUCCGCAAAGUCCAGCAGCGCCCAGCAGGCCUCUGAGCUGUGGGAGGUGGUGGAGGAGCCUCGGGGCCGGCGAGGCGCAGAGGGUAUCAUGCCCGAGAGGCAGGAGGGCCACCUGCUCAAGAAGAGGAAGUGGCCUCUGAAGGGCUGGCACAAGAGAUACUUCGUGCUCGAGGACGGCAUCCUUCGCUAUGCGACCACUCGGCAAGAUAUCACCAAGGGGAAGCUGCAUGGCUCCAUCGAUGUCCGACUGUCUGUCAUGUCCAUCAACAAAAAGGCCCAGCGCAUUGACCUUGACACCGAAGACAACAUCUACCACCUCAAGAUCAAAUCCCAGGACCUGUUCCAGAGCUGGGUAGCCCAGCUACGUGCCCAUCGCCUGGCCCAGCGCCUGGACAUGCCCCGCGGCCCGCUGCCCAGCAACUCUCACCGGAAGGUUCCCGGUGCCCAGCUUCCCACAGUGGUCAGUGCCUCAGCUCUACCUGGGGUUGGACCUCGGGAGAAGGUGUCCUCCUGGUUGAGGGGCAGUGAUGGCCUAGACCGCUGCUCUCACGAGCUCUCGGAGUGUCAGGGGAAGCUGCAGGAACUACACCGACUCCUCCAGAGCCUGGAGUCUCUGCACCGCAUCCCCUCGGCCCCUGUGAUCCCCACACACCAGGCCUCGGUGACGACGGAAAGACCCAAGAAGGGCAAACGGACCAGCCGCAUGUGGUGCACACAGAGCUUCGCCAAGGACGACACCAUCGGGCGGGUGGGUCGUCUCCAUGGCUCUGUUCCCAACCUAUCCCGGUACCUGGAGUCCCGGGACCACUCAGGACCCCGGGGGCUGCCACCCCCAGACUAUGCCCACCUGCAGCGCAGUUUCUGGGCCCUGGCCCAAAAGGUGCACAGCUCCCUCAGCAGUGUCCUGGCCGCCCUCACCGCCGAACGGGACCACCUGAGGGAUCUGCACCAGGGCUCCGAGCUGCCCAGAAUGGGGAUCUCCGAGGCCUCCGCUGGCCCGAGGCGCCUCCAUUCACUGUCCAUCUCCUCGGACACCACGGCGGACUCCUUUAGCUCCCUCAACCCCGAGGAGCAAGAAGCUCUGUACAUGAAGGGGCGAGAGCUGACGCCCCAGCUGUCCCAGAGCAGCGUCCUGUCCCUCGCGGAUUCCCACACGGAGUUCUUCGAUGCCUGCGAGGUGCUUCUCUCCGCCAGCUCUUCUGAGAACGAGGGCUCAGAGGAGGAGGAGUCGAGCGUCAGUGAAAUCACCACCAGCCUGUCCGAGGAGGUGCUGGACCUCAGGGGAGCUGAGCGCUAUCAGAAAGGGGUGUGUGUUCCAGGGAGAGCUCUGGGGCCGCCCCGUCGCCGCUGCCUGCCGGCGGCCAGUGGGCCUGGGGUCGACGUGAGCCUGUGGAACAUUCUGCGUAACAACAUCGGCAAGGACCUGUCCAAGGUGUCGAUGCCCGUGCAGCUCAAUGAGCCGCUCAACACUCUGCAGCGGCUCUGUGAGGAGCUCGAGUACAGCAGCCUCCUGGACCAGGCCAGCCGCAUCUCCCCGCCCUUCCCCCUGCAGGUGUACAUCGCAGCCUUUGCCGUCUCUGCCUACUCCUCCACGUACCACCGCGCAGGCUGCAAGCCCUUCAACCCCGUCCUGGGGGAGACCUACGAGUGUGAGCGGCCUGACCGAGGCUUCCGCUUCAUCAGUGAGCAGGUCUCCCACCACCCCCCAAUCUCAGCGUGCCAUGCGGAGUCUGAGAACUUUGUUUUCUGGCAAGACAUGAAGUGGAAGAACAAGUUCUGGGGGAAAUCCCUGGAGAUUGUGCCUGUGGGGACAGUGAACGUGAGUCUGCCCAGGUUUGGGGACCACUUUGAGUGGAACAAGGUGACAUCCUGCAUUCACAACAUCCUGAGUGGCCAGCGCUGGAUCGAGCACUAUGGGGAGGUCCUCAUCCGGAACACGAAGGACAGCUCCUGUCACUGCAAGAUCACCUUCUGCAAGGCCAAGUACUGGAGCUCCAACAUCCACGAGGUGCAGGGCGCCGUGUUCAGCCGGAGUGGCCGCGUCCUCCACCGGCUCUUCGGGAAGUGGAACGAGGGGCUGUACCGGGGACCCCUGCCUGGUGGUCAGUGCAUCUGGAAACCCAACUCCAUGCCCCCAGACCAUGAGCGAAACUUCGGCUUCACCCAGUUUGCCUUGGAGCUGAAUGAGCUGACGGCAGAGCUGAAACGGUCACUGCCUUCCACCGACACUCGGCUCCGGCCCGACCAGAGGUACCUGGAGGAGGGGAACAUCCAGGCCGCCGAGGCCCAGAAGAGGAGGAUCGAGCAGCUUCAGCGAGACAGACGCAGGGUGAUGGAGGAGAACAAUAUCGUCCACCAGGCUCGCUUCUUCAGGCGGCAGACAGAUGGCAGCGGAAAGGAGUGGUGGGUGACGAACAACACGUACUGGCGGCUGCGGGCCGAGCCGGGCUACGGGAACCUCGACGGGGCCGUGCUCUGGUAGCCCCGGCCCUGGGGGCGGGAGGCUCAUCCUCCUCCCUCCUGCCUCCA